CCUAAAAAUCUUUCUUUUUUCUCCUCUCUGUCUUCUCCAUCACCACUUUCAACUCCUCUACGCUACAUAUAUACAUACAAUACAUACACAUAUAUGUAUAUAUAUGCGUGCAAUCUUGUCUCUUUAAGCAAUUCAUGGAGUUAACGGCAAGCCCUUCAUCUCUUAGCUUCAAGAAAUCUCAUCAUCUUUUUAUAUCUCCACUUUUCAGCUCAUGUAGUCGCCGCCGUCUGAAUUUUCCGGCGAGGGCCCCUCAGAAAGUAGUCUACCAAUCUUGUGGGCCCAUUUGGUGCCGACCCAUUUGGCGAAAUGUGCGGGGAGGUGUUGUGUGUAGCUCAGGCAACUCAGGUGUUCGAUUGAAGUCCGCAGAGAGUGGAAAAGAUGGGAACUUGAUGAGUUUUGGGGGGUUGGGGAAAUGGGGUGUUUUGAUUGCUGUUUUGGGGUAUAGUGUGAUAAAAUGUCAGAGGGUUUUGGCUGGGGAAGGGUUUGUGGCCAUGAGUCAGGUUUAUUUGAAGGAUAAUUGGCCCAAGAUUUUGCAGGUAUUGGGGGUAUUUAAGGAGCAAGGGUUGAUCUUGUUUGUGCUUUUGGGAUUAUCAGCUUUUUUCUCGAUGGCGGAGACUUCAAUUACUACUCUGUGGCCUUGGAAGGUGCGCGAGCUGGCUGAAAAAGAGCCAGAUGAUGGUGUCUUCAGAAUGCUCCGUAGUGAUGUCACUCGCUUUCUUACAACCAUUCUUAUCGGAACUACUGUUGUUAAUAUUGGAGCAACAGCACUCGUCACAGAGGCUGCAACAACACUUUUCGGUGAGGCGGGUAUUACUGCAGCAACUGGUGUGAUGACGGUAGCAAUUUUGCUCCUUACUGAAAUCACCCCAAAAAGUAUUGCGGUGCACCAUGCUACAGAAGUUGCUCGAUUUGUGGUCAGGCCAGUUGCCUGGCUUUCUCUGAUAUUGUAUCCUGUCGGAAGAAUUGUAACAUUUCUAUCAAUGGGGAUGCUCAAGUUACUUGGCUUGAAGGCAAAAAGCGAUCCAUAUGUAACUGAAGAUGAACUCAAGUUGAUGCUAAGAGUUGCUGAGUCAAGUGGUGCAAUUGAGGAAGAAGAACAGGAUAUGAUUGAAAAUGUGUUGGAGAUAAAAGAUACACAUGUCAGGGAGGUGAUGACUCCCCUUAUAGACGUACUUGCUAUUGACGCAGGUGCUACACUAUUAGAUUUCCACAAGUUUUGGGUGACUCAUCCAUACUCCAGGGUACCAGUGUUUGAGCAGCGUAUUGAUAAUAUUGUGGGCAUUUCUUAUGCAAUGGAUCUACUAGACUAUCUGCAGAAGGGAGAAGUACUGGAAACCACGUCUGUGGGAGAUAUUGCACAUAAACCAGCAUAUUUUGUUCCUGAUUCAAUGUCGGUCUGGAAUCUACUUAGGGAGUUUCGCAUUCGGAAGGUCCACAUGGCUGUAGUUCUUAAUGAAUAUGGAGGAACUGUGGGAAUAGUUACUCUGGAAGAUGUUGUCGAGGAAAUUGUUGGUGAGAUCUUUGAUGAAAAUGACACAAAGGAGGAAAUUCAGAAGAAAACUGGCUAUGUCGUAAUGAGAGCAGAAGGAGUCUUUGAUGUUGAUGCAAAUACAUCAAUCGACCAACUUUCAGAGGAUCUGGAUAUUGUUUUGCCAGAGGCACAUCAGUAUGAGACGGUAUCAGGUUUCAUAUGUGAGACGUUUGGGUAUAUUCCGAAAACGGGUGAAAGUAUUAAUGUAGUGCUUGAAAAGGCAAAAAGAGAGGAGAGCAGUGAUUACAAUGAAGAAGAAAGUGAGCGUCAUGAUGAGAAGAAUACACAUCAAGCAUUUAAGCUUGAGAUAUUGGCAGGAAACUGUAGAAAGGUUAAAGCAGUUCGAUUCACUCGGAAAAAUCAUGAUUCAACUACGGAUACCAAAGAGAUUACUCGAAUGAUCCCUAGAAUCUGGAAACGGAAAUGGAAAGAUACUGAAGAUUCAGGCCAGAGUGAUGAUGAUAUAUAUGAGGAGGGGACACCAAACGGCAGCAUUAUACAAGACCCUGUAAUUGUUGAAGAUGAAAUUAAUCAAAAUAUAUAGAAACUGAUAUCUUUUCUUUUUAUUCCAAUUCUUUUUUUCUUACAGUAACUAGAAGAGAGAACAAAAGGCUCAGUGGAUAAACUGAAACAUCAUUUAGGUUGUGUGUGUCUACAGACAAAGUGAGGUAUUCACUUCAGAUUUUUCAAAGGUGUAUGAUCGGGUGAUUGUUGCUGCUGCACCAGUAUACCAUAAUUUUGUAGAGGGUGACACAUUAGUAGACACAUCCGUAGUUUGAAAGUCUGCACUUUCGCCGUAUAUCUCUAGCCCAACAGAGCGCGAAUCUUUAAGGUGGUCUGAAAGGAAAAAUGUAUAUUUUGGAAGCUCAUCCCGGCAGGCUUAGAAGAUGUGGCUUGCGUAGUCUGUAUAGAUCUGGAGAAAAGCCUUAGCUCUUGCAUCUCAUCUCUUUCACCCUUAGCAUCUGUCUGAAUCUUUCUUGUAGUAGGACGGUCGAGCUACUGACUUUAGUUGGAUCUUACUUUGCCUUCCCAUCUAGAAGGAAGUUUUAAGGUUGUAGACAGACUGUAUGUAUACUGCAGAAUUCAAAGGGAUUAGAUGUUGAGUGGUUAGUCAAACUAUCUUUAGUUUUCCAGAAGUGAAAUAGACUACUGUAAUGUAAUGUGCUAUAUACAGGGCAAGAAUGCAAUCCUCUUGCAAAUAAAGUCAUCAUUUUUUGGCCA